AUGCUUAUAUGUCUAUGGUCACCAAUGCAACGUGGUACAUUUGAUAUUUCAACUCCAGGUGUUCAUUCAUGUUAUCAUAAAACAGCCCCAUGUGUUGAAUUUCAACAAAAUCUUAGUCAUUAUUAUACAAUAAAACCUGGUACAAUUGAUAUAUCACUUGCUGCACGUCUUAAUCCAUCUGAAAAUGAUUUUACUGUAAUACAUUCAUUAUCCGAUUAUAAUACGAUGAAUCAAAUAACACAAACAAAUUUUUCAAUUGAAAUUAAUUUACCAAAUCAACCACGUGAUGAAUGUGUUCUACAUGUUCGAUAUUUAUCAAAUAAUCCUUUAGAAGAUGAUCAUGGAACAGUUUUUCAUCAAUGUUCAGAUAUAAUAUUAACUCAAACAUUAAUUAAUAGAAAAAGAGAAGACAAAGAGCAAGAAAAACCAGUAGAAAGUAUGAAUAAAGAAAGACAAGAAGAUCCACUGGCUUCUCUUUUUCUAUUAAUUUAUGUAAAUUCUUUUUUUUCAAAUUAUACCUGCUAUUGAUUUUCGAUCAGAAGGAGUAAUUUAUUAUGAUAAAAAAAGAUGAACAAAUGCGUGUUACUGUAGUUAAUAAUGCUGGUCGUGGUAAUAUAACUUAUGAUGAUUUAUUUCAUAUGUGGAUGAAUUUUAUAUCAGGCAAACAAUAUUAUUAUAAUUAUCAUAGUGGUACAUGUGAUCUUUAUGGGUGUGGGUGUGGGUAUGGGUGUGGGGUGUGGGUGAUGAGUGUGGGUGCGAGUGUGGAUGUGGAUGUGCGUGUGGGU